UCGAUCGGCUACCACCGCCGACAGAGUGAAAAACGCGUGUAAGUGCAGUCGACGCCUAUUUAUAUACGAGAGUUUUGCACGUCCGAAAUUUUUCCCUAUACCCUAAAAAAAAAAAACUAAAAACUAAAUACCACAAAUAUAGCAAGAUAAUCCCUUUCGAUUUCAGUUUGUUUACGAGAGCGCACUUAGCUCUCUUUUCAUACAAACCCGUGUUCAAAUAAUCAGUCAAAAUUCCAUUCUCAACGUUCAAACAAUCUUUCACCACCAAUGUCAAUUAUUUGAAACGAAGGUUCUCUUCCGGAGACCUGUCUUCGGAAGCUGACGAUGCCGACCCCUCGAUGGCCCCCACGGACCGGCCGCCGGCGUCCGGGGCGCAAUCGCAACAACGAGCUCAACAGCGGCAGUACGCGUCCAAACCUUCGCGUUCGCAAGCCGCCACGCCUGCGUCCGAGGCAGCGGACAUGCGACUGGAGUUCCAGCAACAGCAGCAGCCAGGCAACCGAACGAUAAGCGCACCGACCAGCCCGGCCAAGACGAGAGAUUCGAUACUGCAGCGCGUCCAAUCACUGACGGACGCGGCAAAGGAGAAGGCCAGUUCGAUAAGCAACGACAUCAAGUAUGCGGCAGCAACACGAAGACAGCAGCGAGUGAACAAAGACCGUUUGUUAACGUUACUCGUGGUGGAUGACGAGAACUUUGAUUGGUCUAGAUACUUCCGAGGCAAACGGUUCUUUGGCGAUUUCGAGAUACACGUCGAACAGGCGGACAUCAAAGACUUGACGGUGACCGCGAGCGCGGAAAGAGGAUGCACGGUGAGCAUGGCCGUGCUUUCGCCGUCUGGUUCUCGGGUGGUCCGUUCGUUCAGACCGGACUUCUUCCUGUGCCGGCAAAGCGUCAGGGAUGCCAGCAAGGAUUAUCGAAACGUCUUGUUGGGAUUGAACAUAGGUGGCGUGCCCAGCAUCAAUUCUCUACAUUCGUUGUAUAACUUUCAGGAUAAACCGUGGGUGUAUGGACAAUUGGUACAACUUCAAAAGAAAUUGGGAAAAGAAAACUUUCCGUUGAUCGAACAGACUUUCUAUCCAAGCUCCGGUGAAAUGUCUGUGGCCACUCAAUUGCCAGUGGUCCUCAAAGUCGGGCAUGCCCACGGAGGCGUAGGAAAAAUAAAAGUCGACAAUAAUGCCGACUUCCAGGAUAUGACAUCAAUUGUAUCUGUUGCUUCAACGUACUGCACCACCGAACCUUUUGUCGAUAGCAAAUACGAUCUUCAUUUAACUAAAAUUGGACCUCAUUAUAGAGCGUUGAUGCGUAAAAGCGUUUCAGGCAAUUGGAAAUCGUGCGUUGGGUCGGCAAUGUUGGAAGAAACAGAAGUUCUAGAAAGAUAUAAAUUUUGGUUGGAUUCUGUGGCAGAACUUUUUGGUGGUUUGGACAUUUUGUCAUUGGAGGUAGUUGUCUCUAAAGACGGAAUAGAACAAAUCAUUGGCGUCAACGACUCUGCAUUAUCUUUAUUGGGAAAUCAGCAAGAAGAAGAUAGGAAACAUAUUUUCGAUUUGAUCAUGGAAAAAUUAGAAACACAAGUUUUGGCAAAUAUGGGUAUUCAAGCAGUCGCCCAAACACAAGAAGAAGAACCACCAGCUAUUCCGGCGAGACGAGACUCUUUGGUUUCAGAGAGUAGCGUCACCAGCAGCCAUCAGUCUAGUCAACCAGUGAAAGCAAAUCUAAGCCGUCAAGGUUCCAUCAUUUCAGCUCCGGCUCCAGUCCCGGUGCAGCAAAACAAAGGACAGUUGGAUGACACCGAAGACACGAUGAAAAAUUUGAGGAAAACAUUUGCUGGAAUCUUUGGUGAAAUGUAAACACGGACUCGCCAGAACGACAAUACUGGAAAACUGACAAAAAAAAUACUGGAGAAAAAGAAAACAUACUUUUAGCAUAUUGUGUGUUUACAACUCUCAUAAUUUAUGCCUUUUAACAUUAACCGGUUGAUAAACUGUUGAUUUAAUGGAAUUAAAAAAAAUAUAUAAGCUAGAAUAGUAAAUUUAAACGGUUAAACAAAAAUCGUACGCACUAGAUGUUCAUUAUAAUAAAAUAUGCAACGGGAUCAAAAAAUGAAUCCACUGAAUAUAUUAUUAUUUCGAUAUUAUUCGAGUUACAUAGAGAAAACCUGUUAAGUUUUUAUUGUUUAAUUGCAACCAAUUAGGCUUAUGCUAAUUUGUUUUAGAAAAAAAUGUUUUACCGCCUUUCUAUUAAUUUGACUGUUUUUGAAUUACCUUAUCAUUAAACAUAAACUUAUUAAUACUUACUCUAUACUAUCUAUUAUAUAUAUAUAUAUAUAUUAUAUUAUAAUACAUGCUAUAAAUUAAUUAAUUUUAAAACAGUCAUAAUCAUUAACCAUGGUUAAACUCAAUAUCGUGUGAUCGAUUAAAGCAAUAUAAUAUGAUAUGUUAUAUUAAUAUUAAACGUAAUAGAAUAGACAUAUUAAUACAUAACAAUAUGAUUAAAUUGAUAUAGUUAUAUUAUACAACCUUUCUCAUGGCUUUACAAUUAUAUAAUUAUAUUUUUAACUCUUUCCUAUAGGAAAUAUAUAGACCAAAUAAUAGUAAGAAAGCUUAGAACGUUUUUGACUUGUUUGUAUUAGUUAUUAAGUUUUAAUUGACACCAAUCGAAUGAAACAACAAUAAUUUUAAACAUUUUAAUCAUAAAAACAUAUUAUUUUAUGGCAUUUUAUAUCAAUAAUUUGCCAAAAUUACACGUUGUGUGUAUUAUAUAAAAACACACUUACGGAAUGAAUAAAACCAAGUAGACUAAUUUUUUUUUAAAUAGUUAUUUGAUACAAUAUUUUAUGAUAAUUAUUACUUUAAUGGUUAAUCAUUAUUAUUACUCUUUGUUAUUUAAUUAAACUCGAUUUUUUACAAAUAUUAAUUAUUUAUUCUUGAUAAAGUUAAUGGAAAAAUUAAAGGAAAUUAUUAUUGUAGUAAGUUUAACUUUGUUUUUUUUUUUUAAUUGACAUCGACGACCUCGGCAUACAUUAAAUACGUUUUAUCCUGCAUUUGUUCAUAGUAUCAUUGCAAUGUUACGUCAAAAUAUACUUUGAAGGAAUACACAAGUGUUAAUAAUAUAUUGUAUGAUUUCUAAACUAAUAUUUUGUAACAUAAAUAUAAUAAUCCUGUAAAUUUUUUGGAAAAUAAAUAAUUUUUAUUUCUUAUUUAAUA